AUGGCUUAAAGUGGAAAAAUAGCAGACCACGAGGCAAAGGAAUAUUUAAUCGAUGAUGAAAUAACAAGAGAUGUUGAGGUUGAUAUUAAUAAGUCAAGAAGAAUCACAGAUUAAAGCAAUAAUAUGAGUAGUGGAAGGUUUGGUGAUGAUAUUGGAAGUCCAGACAUUAAAAUCAGAGCAAAGGAUUAUCCAAUGAGUCCAUUUAAUGCUUCAAGAAGAACUGCUUGGUAAAGAACUUUUGGUCCAAUGGGCCAAGGUAGUCUUAGAGGAAGUAUAUUUGCAUUAUGCGCAGUGGCUAUUGGAGCAGGAGUCUUAUCACUUCCAUAUGUUUUAAAGUAGAAUGGUUGGAUUCUAGGAACUAUUCUAAUUUUAAUAGGUGCUCUUUCUGGCUAUUUUAGCAUGCAAAUGAUCAUCUAGAGAUCUAUCGAUACUGGCUUUACCAAACUAUUUGUAAUUUGCUGUAAUAAUUUUGGGUUAUCAACAGAUAUAACUGGAUCACCUGAUCAUGGAAUCACAUUGUUCAAAUCACUCUAAACAGUAAUUACAACUGUCUGCUUUAUCUUUCCCUUGUCAAUGGCAAAGUCUAUGUCUGCAUUAAGAUACAUCUCCAUUGUCUCCAUCGGUUCUAUUCUAUACACUCUCAUCGUAAUGUUAGCUGAGCUCCCAGAAUAUGCUAGUUAUUAUUUCAAUAGAGACUAGUUCAUUUACUUUGACAUUAACAAGAAUUUCUUCCAAGGUUGCUCAAUUACCUUUUUCUCAUUCACUUGUUAAGCUUCUAUUUUGCCUAUUUACUCAGAGUUGGUGAAUCCAAAUGAAAGAAGAAUGAUGAAAGUUAUUGGAAGAAGUUUGAUUAUAGAUUGCAUUUUCUAUUGCGCUAUCGCUCUUGUCGGGUAUUUCUCAACUUAUCAAGCAACAACUGAUCUAGUUAUUGCUCGUAGUCUCCCAGGAGUAAAUCACGACUAUGCUAUGACUAUUUCAUGCAUUGCUGUUAUUCUAGUAGUAUUAGUUAGCAGUCCAGCUAAUUAUUUCCCCUUCAAAAACACAAUUAACUUUAUGAUCACUGGAACAUCAGAUGUCUCAAACAAAAUUGCUUUAUCCAUCACUGGAGGCUUUAGCUCUGUAAAUAUGUGCUAUUUAGUCCCUCGUAAUUUUUUUAUUUGUAAAGACUCUUCAGUGAUAUGUUAUGUGAAACUUGGAAAGGAAAGAUGGUAUUAAGGUAGAAAUCUGGGAUAUGUUAUCUUCUUCAUGAUUCUAAGUCUCAUUGGAUAUACUUCAGUUGUCCUUACAGUUAUCGAUAUAGCGCAAGGUAAUUCUUGA